AUUAGAUGACAACGAAGACGUCGUCGUCGUCGUCAGGUUCUGGUCUCUCUUAUGCUUUCGGUUGCUGGCUCCAAGCGAGUCUAGUCUCCACCCACAGAAAGUGACAUCGACCAGCGACCGGGCAAGCACUAUGAUGCUUUGGGUUUUGUUUCGAGUGAAGGAGAUGAGACUUCGUGCCUCGAGGAGAAAUUGGGUACAAGAGAGAGAGAGAGUGAAAGAAUGAGAGGAGCUAAGGGCCCUGAUGAGAGCAAGAGUGAGGUUCUUGGAGUGCCCCACAUGAGCACGACUUCAAGAAAUCUUGCGAGAGUUCGAAUCAUCAGAUUCAGUGGGAGAUAGAGAAGCAUCACCAGAAUGUUCCACAUUCCGGUGCUGGGUACACUGUUGGGUGCCACGCUUCCCUUCACGCUUUGAUGAGAAGAGUGUACAGAAUAGUAGAAAAUGUGGGGGCAGAACAAAAUUUAGGUCGGGGUGAGUGUAGUGUUUUUCAAAUGAUCACGGUAGAAACAUGUUGAGUUUAAGUCAGUCGCAUCCCCAAGGGUGUUAGGGAAAUGUCAUGAUCAAAGUUCGAUGUCGGCUCCAACUCAUGAUCGUGAGCAAAGAAGCGCCUCCCCAUGGUUCAUAAACGAGGAGCUCCUCCAGAGGUUCAUUACGGGCAAGCGCACUUGGAUCCCGCAGAUUAAGAAGGAAAUCUGUGCUGGGUGCAAAGGAAUCAAACCGAGAGAAGAAGCUAUCAACCUACAGAAUCGCAGCCAAGUUAAUUCAUCGUUGAAAUAAAACUGCAGGUUAGAAUCUGUAGAUCUCCAAAGAAAGCCUCGGUUCAGUACAGGUCUCAACUGUGGGAAGGGGGAGACCGUAUCUGAAGAUGCCCUAAAGGAAACACGCAGAGCAGUAUCCAUGACAACGCCGUAUCGUGAUGAUACGAAGGGCGCGUGGUUUCGGAAGUCGGGUCAAGAGCGGGAUAAUGGACACCGACAGUGCUGUUCUCAGCAUUGGGUUUCUGUGCUGAACACAAACGAAAAAAUCUACCAUGGUCAUGGACGUGCCGCUAAUUCGAGGAAGAGUGGAGGAAUUUCUUUGGCAAGGGCAAAGUCUUCUCCCACAGCUAAUUCGAAAUUCGUUGCUAUGGCCGCGCAGAAACUUCAGGUUCAAGAUAAAAGAUUUCUACCGCUGGUCGUGAGGGAUUUGGACCUUUCUUAUUCUUCAUUAUCAAAUCUUGGGGCAAUUGUUCAUGAUAUCAGUAGACUGCCGAGGGCAAAUUCGUCAAAACCAAGCGAUGACGGUUUCGAUGUUAACCAUGUACCAAGUUCUGCAAGUGCGUUCAUGAGCUUUCAGAAGUCGUCGACUGAUAUUGAUCAAGGAGUCAAACUUCAAAGCCCCACGCUGAAUUCCACAGCUUGGCUUGUAGCAAGAAUGGAAGCGCUAAAGAAAGAAACAUUCACGGUGUCAAAAGCCCUGCAGAUCGCAAAAGAGCAUGGUAUUGCACUUGGUAAAAAAGACGUAGCCACACUGAAGAAGUUUUUUCAGUCAGAUCAAAGACCUAGCAUGCAGUGUGAUACGCCUGAUCACUCUCAACUCCGGAUAAGUAAAUCCUCUGAAAAGUAAUUCAUCUUAAUAUUACUCACAUCAGCCUUCCCAGGCCUUCAUUUGCUGCCAGGUGAAACUUCAUACGGUGCAAAGCCUUUUCUGUAGAAGAUUUGCUAAUGUGUAUUGACCUUUACACACAUUUAUUUUAUACUCCAGCUAAUUCUUGAUAUGCUUCCGAGAAUUGUGAAGUCUGUGUUUGUAACUCGAUUCAAGUAAGCCAUUGGUAGAGAUCUCGAAACCUAAAGAAUCAUAAUAUCUUUCAUCCCAAAUUGGUACCCACAUACUUCCACUUCUAAGAGAAAGCACCCGAGGCAAAAUUGUAGGCAACACAGAUUUUUUUGAACACUAAGUGAACCAGACAAGGAGUUGGCCAACUGAUUGGAGUUCUUCAGAGAUCAAUGGAGUCUUCCUAGUUGGCAACUCUUUUGGUUUUUAUUUUUGUAACUUGGUGCUCUUAUUUUGGAACAUAAGGCUGUGUGUCUCUUUGAGUCACAAAAUGGUUUUAGUACAAGAUUGAGAAUUUUGGUUCAA